GGCUGGCACCAUGGAGAUCGUGUAUGUGUACCUCAAGAAGCGCAGCGAGUUUGGGAAACAAUGCAACUUCUCAGACCGCCAGGCAGAGCUGAACAUCGACAUUACACCCAACCCCGAGCUGGCUGAGCAGUACAUCGAGCGGAACCCGGUGGACACGGGCGUCCAGUGCUCCACCAGCAUGUCAGAGCACGAGGCCAACACAGAGCGGUUCGAGAUGGAGACGCGGGGUGUCAACCACAUUGAGGGGGGCUGGCCCAAAGACGUGAACCCUCUGGAGCUGGAGCAGACAAUCCGCUUCCGGAAAAAGAUAGAGAAGGAUGAGAACUACAUCAACGCCAUCAUGCAGCUGGGCUCGGUCAUGGAGCACUGCAUCAAGCAGAACAAUGCCAUUGACAUCUACCAGGAGUAUUUUGAUGACCACGAUGCGGUGGAGGUGAUGGAAGAAGCCCCUUCAGCUAAAACCAUCAAUGUUUUCAGGGACCCCCAGGAAAUCAAGCGGACGGCCACACACCUCUCCUGGCACCCUGAUGGCAACCGAAAGCUGGCCGUGGCGUAUUCUUGCUUGAAUUUUCAACGGGCGCCUGAAGGCAUGAGCUACGAGUCCUACAUCUGGGAUCUGGAAAACCCCAACAAGCCUGAAAUUGUCCUGAAACCGUCUUCUCCUCUCGUCACCUUGGAGUACAACCCCAAAGAUUCCCACGUGCUGUUGGGAGGCUGCUACAAUGGGCAGAUGGCUUGUUGGGACACCAGGAAGGGCAGCCUGGUGGCCGAGCUGUCCACCGUUGAGUUCAGCCACCGAGACCCAGUGUACGGCACCAUCUGGCUGCAGUCCAAGACAGGCACCGAGUGUUUCUCUGCAUCCACAGACGGGCAGGUCAUGUGGUGGGACAUCCGGAAGCUGAGCGAGCCCACCGAGGUGGUGAUUUUGGACAUCACCAGGAAGGAGCAGCUGGAAAAUGCCUUGGGGGCCAUCUCUCUGGAGUUCGAGUCCACUUUGCCAACCAAGUUCAUGGUGGGCACCGAGCAGGGCAUCGUCAUCUCCUGCAACCGCAAGGCCAAGACGCAGGCUGAGAAGAUCGUGUGCACCUUCUCGGGGCACCACGGCCCCAUCUACGCCCUCCAGAGGAACCCCUUCUACCCCAAGAACUUCCUGACCGUCGGCGACUGGACCGCCCGCAUCUGGUCGGAAGACAGCCGGGAGUCGUCCAUCAUGUGGACCAAGUACCACAUGGCUUACCUCACCGACGCCGCCUGGAGCCCCGUGAGGCCAGCAGUUUUCUUUACGACCAAGAUGGACGGGACCCUGGACAUCUGGGACUUAGUGUUCAAACAGUGUGACCCGGCCCUCAGCCUGAAGGUGUGUGACGAGGCCCUCUUCUGCCUCCGGGUGCAGGACAAUGGGUGUCUCAUCGCCUGCGGCUCCGAGCUGGGGACGACCACGCUGCUGGAGGUCUCGAGCGGGCUCUCCACUCUGCAGAGGAACGAGAAGAACACAGCUUCUUCCGUGAGCGCCACGGCAACCCGGCGGGAGAAGAUCCUGGAGGCGCGACACCGAGAGAUGCGGCUGAAGGAGAAGGACAAGGCCGAGGGCCGCGACGAGCUGAGGGAGGACGAGGCCGCCCUGAGCCUGGCGGAGCAGGUGGCCAAGGCCGAGGCGGAGUUCUUCGAGGUCAUCUUCGCCGAGCUGAAGCGCAAGGAGACAGAGGCCAUGAAGAACAAGCUCCUGCAGCAGAGCCUGGACACAGAAGAAGAGGCGGAGGGCGAUGACGACAGGGAUGCAGAGAGGAGAAAGGAGUCCUCCGCCUAGAAGGUCCGCCUCGGCGGCCCCCCACCCUGGCGCACCUCCCUUCCCCAGCGGGUGGUGCUCCCCUCCCUGAAAGAAUGACCAUGGGGGGAGGCACUGGGGCACAGGGGGGCCUGCCCCCGCCCCCACCGCACAAGUCGCUGGCCCCUUGGCGGGAGGGUGGGCACAGGGCUCCCGCCUGAGCUGGGCACCCCUUGUCUCACACACCCAAACACGAUCCCUUUAGGGGAGUCCCCUCAGGGCCCAGGACCUGCCAGCCUGGCCCUGGGCACUCUCUCCCAUCUGGCUUCUCAACACCUUCCCUGCAGUCAUUCACC